AUCGGAAGGCAACCGCCAGGCACCGAGGCUGCCAUCCGUGGGAGGCAGGGUCCCAAGGGCUGACUCUGGAAGCGCCCCCUGCGACAGGAAGCCCUCCCCCCGGGAAGCGGCAGGGCCCUUGCCUAGCAGAUGUGUGGCUAUUGACUGCGAGAUGGUGGGCACGGGACCCUGCGGGCGGGUGAGCGAAGCUGGCCGCUGCUCCGUGGUGAGUUACCAUGGCGACGUCCUCUACGACAAGUACAUCCGGCCUGAGAUGCCCAUCGUGGACUACCGCACUCGCUGGAGCGGCAUCACCCGGCAGCACAUGCGCAAGGCCAUCCCCUUCCAGGUGGCCCAGAAAGAGAUCCUCAAGCUCCUGAAGGGCAAGGUGGUGGUGGGCCACGCCCUGCACAACGACUUCAGGGCCCUCAAGUACGUGCACCCUCGGAGCCAGACCCGGGACACCACUUACGUCCCCAACCUCCUCAGCCAGCCCGGCCUGCACACCCGGGCCCGGGUCUCGCUUAAGGAACUGGCCCUGCAGCUGCUGCACAAGAAAAUCCAGGUGGGCCAGCACGGACACUCGUCCGUGGAGGACGCCGUGACGGCCAUGGAGCUGUACCGGCUGGUGGAGGUGCAGUGGGAGCAGGAGGCCAGCCGCCUCUGGACCCGCCCCGAGGACAGGGAGCCCGACAGCAGCGUGGACGUGGAGCAGUACAUGCAGGACCAGUACUGGCCCGAGGACCUGGGCCCGGGCUCCAGCGGGGGGCAGGGGGAGACGCAGGACAGGAGGGCGUGAGGGAGGAGAGGCAUGGGGUGGCCUCCAGUCAGGAGGGGGGCCAGGAGGGCACUGGGCACAUCACCUGGCCUGAGGGGAUCGUCUGUCCUGACUCCCGUCCCCACAGCACAGCCCUCUUUCCAGGCUGUAGUCACCCCUCAACCCCGUGGUUUUGCUGAUGGCACUUUAUAGACGCCAUGAAUGUCAGGUGGACCAGCUACAGGCCCCGUGGGAGCAGGGUCUGUCCCAGGCUGUCACUUCCCGUCCCCGGGAGGAGUGGGGUGCAUGUCCGCUGGAGCUGGGGCUCCGGCAGUGGUGAGGGAGCCCGCCCUCCUUCAGGCACUUUGACUGAUAAUCACCGUGGUGGCUGGGUUUUCUCCAAAUUUCACCCCCCACCCGUUUCCUUGUUCACUAAGGGGCGAUUUGGGGGACUGGGGUCACUGAAAGCUCAGGUCAUACAGACCUUUGAGCCCCUUCAUUGCUCGUCCCUGUCACUUCGUAGCUUUGAGACCUUAGGCAGCUGUGUGGCUUCACUCUGGAGCCUAGUCCCACACCUGUCACACGGGGACAAUGGUACGACCUACCUCAGGGUGGUUAUGAGGAUGGAAUGCCCGCACGCAGCACGGUGCCCGGCACACGCAGGCCCUGGUCCACGUGAGCGGCUAUUUCCCCUGAAGGAUCCGUUUCAGCCUCUUCAGGGUGACGCCCCCAGUGGCAGGACUUUGGCCUCGCUUGGCUGCUCCAGCAGGUGGGGCAGGGCUCUCCGUGGUGAGGGCAUCACGUGGAGGUUCAGGGUUCUCGCCGCUGUCAGGGCUGGGUGACCCGAGUGUCAUCUGCGUCCCUCUGCUGUGUGCGGAGGUGACGGUGGUUGCUCAUGUGGGUUUGAGCAGAGCCGCAGGGCCGGGAAGGGAGACCCACAGCCACAUCACCGUGACCCGGGCUGCAGGGCGAUCCGUCACCAUCUCCUUUCCCGUCGGCAGCGCAGGCAGUGGCUGAGUCACAGACCCGGCUGGCCCGGCUCCAGCACUGUGUUCUGGAUUCCUCAAAAGUCUAGACGCACAGCUGGGCAGUAGCUUCUGUUCCUUUGCCUGUGGGUGGAGGGAGAGGAAGCCGUUACUGGUGUUCUAGAAAUGGACUGGGUUCUGAGUCAGCAUGGCUGCAACACUGCUCUGGAAUAAACCUCAAUUGGAAAAGCG